AAGAGGAAAGAGGGAAAAAAGAAAAAGUUGAGAGAAAAUGGAGCCUUUUCCUGCUCCAAAACCCAUGGCAGCCAUCAUUCUGUCUUCUUCAAUCCAAAGCUAAAAGAAGAGCAUGAUAGCCAUUCUUUCUUUGUCACUCUGCUCCUGAUCCAGUAAUUAUCUCAUCCAUGCCAUUUUCAGGCUUUAGAUUGGGUAUUGAAGCAAAGAGGAGUUCUGAUUUGUUACAAACUCACUAUGCUUAAGCAAAUCCUUUCGAAAAUUCCUCGAAAAUCACUGAAAUCUGAUUCUCAAGACCUGGCAAGGAACAAAAAUAAUGAUGAUUCUCCUGCAAACACUGGCAAUGGGAUGCAGUUUACCAACAGCUGUAGUGUCAUAGGGAGCUGUCGUCUGAAUGUAGUGAAACGCGUGUCAUCUGCCAUUUUUCCAACUGGUGGGGGAGAGAGAGAGACCAUCUCUCCACACUCGAGCUUCAAGGAUGUGUCAAAUGGGGAGAAGCUAAGCCUCUUUAUCAGUAAGCUGAACUUCUGCUGCUCAAUGGAUGAUUCCACUGAUCCAAACAAGAAAGAUUUGAAAGCCCAAAUGUUGAUUGAUCUCAACGAUUAUGUCACUUCCGGAUCAGCUAAAUGCACCACUGAACCAGCAAUAGCUGCAGUUUGUAGAAUGUGCGCAGUUAACCUCUUCAGAGAUUUCCCGCCAAAGUAUGGUCGUGGUGAUUUCGUAGACGAAGAAGAACAGUUCUUUUAUCCUGCCUGGCACCAUUUGCAGCUUGUCUAUGAUCUCUUUCUUCAUUACCUGAGCCUAAGUUCUCUUGACCCGAAGGUCGCCAAGAAAUCUAUAGACCAUUCUUUCAUUACAAAACUGCUAAAUCUGUUUGAAUCCGAUGACCCAAGGGAAAGAGAGUUCUUGAAGUCAGUCCUUCACAGACUCUAUGGGAAGUUUAUGACGCACAGACCCUUUAUCAGAAAAGCUAUGAGUAACUCAUUUUAUCGGUUUGUUUUUGAGACUCAGCGUCACAAUGGGAUAGCAGAGCUGUUGGAGGUUUUUGGGAGUGUCAUAACCGGUUUCGCCUUGCCACUAAAGGAGGAGCACAAGUCGAUCUUCUCUAGAGCUUUAAUUCCUUUACACAAGCCAAAGUCAUUAGGUGUGUAUCAUCAACAGCUCACGUACUGCGUUGUGCAGUUUGUCAAAAAGGAGCAGAGUCUUGCUAGCGAAGUGAUCACAAGACUCCUGAGGUAUUGGCCUUUGACCAAUAGCCAAAAGGAGGUAAUGUUCAUCGGCGAGAUAGAAGAGGUGUUGGAAAUGAUAAGCUUCUCUGAGUUUGAGAAGAUCGCGACCCCUCUAUUUCGGCGUAUAGGAUCUUGCCUCAACAGUUUCCACUUCCAGGUGGCCGAACGAGCACAUCUCUUAUGGGGAAACGAAAGCGUCCUAAAACUUAUCAUGCAUGCGGAGCGCGCGACCGUUCCCAUAGUUUUGUCAGCAUUGGAGAGGAACAGCCAGAACCAUUGGAGCAAAGCCAUUCGAAACCAGUCACUAAACAUCAGAAGAGUCUUUCAUGAAAUGGAGAAGGAGGCGAAGAUCGACAUGGGAACACCUUGAGAUAGCUGUUCAGAGUUUAUCCACCAGUGUCUGCCCUGUUAAUUAGCUAUUCUGAUUGAUCAACCCUUUUGU